AUGUUCCAGUCCUUUACUGGGAACUCUCGCCGCCCCCGGCAGGUUAAUCUCUCCGGGCGCAAUAUCAAUAAUCCUUUCGCCUCGUCACCGUCCGCCAGACAAGCUCCUCAUGGCUAUGGGCCUCAGAACACCCUUGCGAUUGCUCAGCAAGAGCGUAUCAUAAGACAACAGGAAAGACAACGACUGGGCGCAGCUCGCACUCUGCAACGGACAUGGCGGGGCUACAGAAGCAGGAAAAUCACACGCGGCCGUUGGAGGGCGGAAUGGGAUGCCGUGGAACAAAAGAGACUAGGGGUUGUGCUGUCGUUCGACAACUACGCUCAGACUCAAGCGCAGGAAGUUCGCUCCCCAGCUCGAUACUCAACACCGGCCGAGUGUCUGUCGCAGCUGAGACUCCUCUUGCAUUUCCUAGAGACUAGGAAGGAAGAGGAUGCUGCGCGCCUCGUGUACUUCUCAAAUGCGUUCCAGAAGACGUUGGAAGAGGUACCUACGAUAGCCACUGAAGGGGAGUGGACGACGCUGCUGGUGCGCCUGGCGAAGACGACUCUCCAGCUGCUGCAUGCUCUGGCUACGUCUUCCCGGGCCUCCAGCUUCUCGGUGGAACCCCUUCUUCGGUUGAUCAAGUUCUUAAUAGGCUUGAUCCCGAAACCGAUGGCCCGGAUUGCAAAGGAGUACUACUCCGUCAUGGCAACGCUGACCAUCAAUCUCAAGACUCUUUCUACAAGGCUGGACUUAUCUGUAGGCGCUCUCGUUGCAGGUGUGCUUGCCUUGCUUCAACCUAUCACAUCAGAAACACUCGGAGCCUAUGAGUGGUUCGCCCGCGAGUAUCUCACUAUUCCGGACCUUGCCAGUCAUAUAGGAUCUCUUGACGAGUUAGCAUCGAAUAUCAACUACAAGCUUCUGACUUCGGCUUUGGACGCAUGCAUCUCUCAUGUUUCAAACAGCAAAUCAAUCACUGAGGAUGUUGAUGCUCGUCUAUGGCUCCUUUCUUAUUUCAUUUUCUUCCAUCACUAUGCCCUGGGUGGGACCGCUUCACAAGAAGCUCCCGAACCAGGAUUCGUGAAGGUGGUGUCUAACCUCUUGAACUCUCUGGCUCUCUAUGUAUCACGCCGUCUCGAACCUGAUGACUUUGCGGAGAACGAGCGGAAUCAAACCUCUCCGCUGCCUCCCUUUGUGCGAGAACAGAUCGUCAGUCUUGUCAAUCAGAACAGCAUCACCGGCCUGUUGUCCCGGGUACGGUUAAACAAUAUCGAGGGCGUUGACACAGAUGCUUCUGAUGAUGCCAAGAACUUGGCUUCAUACGCGUUGACCCUUCUCAGGGUGUUCCCACGUCGUGGAGACGACAUUCGGAUGUGGUUGUAUCUGGGUUCUGCAACCUCUGCAGAGCCCUCACCGUCUCUACCAAAAUUACGAGUACCCGCGAUCAAGUAUUUCUGGCAAGCUUCAAGAAAUACAAAGAUCUUUGCCACGAUAAGUCGUGACUCGAAUGAAGUGCUUCCAUUAUUAAAACCGAUCUCAUCCGAGAAUUCUAGUGAUGGCAAGAUGCUCCAUACUGCUGCGCAUGAGCGAGAGCAGGAAUGGACAAUCAUCUUAUUGUUCCUAGAGCUAUAUACAUUUGUUCUCAAAGUUAUGGACGAUGAUGAAUUCUUCUCAGGCGAGUCUCUGUCAACUGCGCCGGACACAAGGGUUUCUUGGACCAAAGAGAGCGCGUUGCCGCUGAGGGAUGUCAAAGACAUGACCAUUUUCCUGAAGAACCUGGCUUUCACACUGUACUGGAACGCAGCGGAUCUGGAUGAAACGAGCGCUGCACAGGAGACAAGUAGUAUCCGGGACUACUUCAGUACCUCAGCUCCUCCAUCCGAGUCCGUAACAAGUGUUAGGGACUUGGAGCAAAGGAAUAAAGAGAAGGGCCUCCCUGGCGUGACAGGGAUCCCGCUUGACUAUUUCAAGGGCUUGGUGACAGGACUGUUGAGAAUGAUUCACGAGCGAGACUCGCGUCGCAAAUUCCUUCCAGAUGGCCAUUGGUUGAUGACCGGCCGUUUUGAUAUGGAAGGCUUCAUCCCUGCAGUGGUUGCAGAGGAGGAGAAUCGACAUCAGCUUCAAGGCGAAGAGGAUGAUGAGAAUCAAGAUGACCUUCUGGAUGACCUCGUUCCAGAACCGUCUCUCGGACUGAUAGGAACGAGUCGGACCCAACAAGCUCGUCGGAUUGAGUAUCUUAGGCGUCGUCAGCAACAAGCAGCUCGGAGAAAGCAGCUUGAGGCAGUUGCGCCUCGGCUUGAGAUUCUACGAAACAUGCCCUUUUUCAUUCCUUUUGCAACCAGAGUGCAGAUUUUCCGUGAAUUUAUCUACAGGGAUCAGAUGCGUCGCAGACACGGGUUCAUCGAUCCUGACGCUUGGCGGAUGUCCGUUGCUCAAAGCUCCAUGGGACGUAUGAUAGAUGGCCGUCCCGCAGCGCAAGAUAUUCUCAGUCGCCACCAUGCCAACAUCCGGCGUGAUAAUGUCUUUGAAGACGCCUUUGAUCAAUUCUACGAUCUCGGUGAUGGCCUCAAAGAGCCAAUCCAGAUCAGUUUCAUUGACAAAUUCGGAACGGUGGAGGCUGGAAUAGACGGUGGCGGAGUGACAAAGGAGUUCUUGACCAGUGUGACGAACGAAGCCUUCAAGUCGUUGGAUGGACUCAACCUCUUUGUUGAAAACGACCAGAACCUCCUCUAUCCAAAUCCGGCUGCUGUCGAACAGCGGAAGGAGCUGCUGCGGGAGAUGGGAUUUGUGGAAGGAAGCCCCGAGUGGAACGAACAAGUACGGGAUCUGCUUCGACGCUACGAAUUUCUCGGCCGCGUCAUAGGCAAGUGCCUCUAUGAGGGGAUCCUGGUGGAUGUCCACUUUGCAGGGUUCUUUCUUCUCAAGUGGGCUCUGACCGGCGGGUUGAGCUCCGCGCAGAAGGAAUCAGCGUACCGGGCCAAUCUCAACGAUUUGAGAGAGCUCGAUGAGGGAUUGUACCAGGGACUGUUACAACUGAAAAAUUAUCCUGGAGACGUUGAAGAUUUUGCCCUGAACUUCACGGUCACCGAUACGGUUCCCAUGCCGGACGGUACAACGCGCACCAUCACCCGGGAGUUGAAGCCAAAUGGCUCGAACAUCCCUGUCACUAACCAGAAUCGACUCGUCUACAUAUCUUACAUUGCUCGCCAUCGCCUCCAGGUGCAGCCGUUUUACCAGACCAAUGCUUUUCUCCAGGGGCUGGGGCAGAUCAUUCAACCGUCCUGGCUGUCGAUGUUUAAUCAGUCGGAGCUGCAGACGCUUGUUGGAGGAGACUCGGGAGAGAUCGAUGUCGCUGAUUUGAGGCGCAAUACGCUUUACGGCGGAGUGUACAGCAUUGGCGAUGACAAAGAAGAACACCCCACCGUCAAAUUGUUCUGGGAAGUCAUGGAGGGCAUGACCAACGAAGAGCGGCAGAAGGUGCUCAAAUUCGUGACGUCUACUCCUCGCGCACCAUUGUUGGGUUUUAGUCAUCUCAAUCCCAGAUUUAGUAUCCGCGAUUCCAGUGAUGAUGAAGAACGGCUUCCCAGCACCAGCACGUGUGUCAAUCUGUUGAAGCUUCCUCGGUAUUCGAACGCACGUAUUUUGAAGGAGAAGCUUUUAUAUGCUAUCAAUGCAGGAGCUGGGUUUGAUCUGAGUUGA